UCCAUGGCGGCUGCGUCCUCCGCGCUGUUUCUGCUGCCGCCCCUUCCAGCACCCUGUGCCGAUCGCCUCCAGGGCCGCAGUCGUCCUUCCGCCGCGCUGACUGAUGAAAGUCGAGUUGGGGGCGCCAUGAGAGGAGAGAAAACCUACUGUUUCCGUGGUGCUGCCGGCGACCACAAUUCCUGCCCCUCGACACCUUCUCUGGCUCCAACCCUCUUGAUGCCGACGGAGGCCGUCUCAAGCAUCUGGGCUGGGGCUGGAGGUGGUUUGUCAGCGGGAGAUGAAGAAGAGACUCGACCCCUCCAACUCCUCCGCGCCGCGCCGGAUCCUUCCGAGGCCUUGCAGGCUUUGCAAGCUGCUCUCCCGCGGCGGGGUGGUCGGCUCGGUUUCCCCCGUCGGAAGGAAGCGUUGUAUCGGGCCCUGGGCCGAGUGCUUGUGGAAGGCGGCAGUGAGGAAAAGCGACUCUGCUUGCAGCUUCUUUCCGAUGUACUGCGGGGUCAAGGGGAGGCCGGCCAACUGGAAGAGGCCUUUAGUUUAGCACUCCUGCCUCAACUGGUUGCCUCCUUGCGAGAGGAGAAUCCAGCCCUGCGGAAAGAUGCGCUACAGAUUCUGCACAUCUGUUUGAAACGUGGUUCUGGCCAGGUUCUGAGAACACUUACACAGCAAGGACUGGAAAGUACCGACGCCCGGCUUAGAGCGUCCACAGCCCUGCUGCUACCAAUCUUGCUUACUCCUGAGGAUUUGUUGCUCGGCUUAGAUCUCGCCGAGGUAAUAAUAUCCCUGGCCCGAAAACUUGGCAAUCAAGAGCUAGAGGAAGAAGCCGAGACUGCUUUCUCAGCUCUGCAGCAAAUCGGGGAGAAACUUGGGCAAGAGCGAUUUCAGUCUUACAUCUCUCGCUUGCCCUCUGCCCUGAGAAGACACUACAAUCGUCGCUUGGAGUCACAGUUUGGAAGUCAGGUUCCUUAUUAUUUGGAACUUGAAGCCUCCGGAUUGCCUGAAGACCCCCUUCCCUGUGCUGUGACUCUUUCCAGCAGCAAUCUUAAGUUUGGGAUUAUCCCUCAGGAACUACACUCAAGGUUGUUAGACCAGGAAGACUAUAAAAACAGGACUCAAGCCGUGGACGAACUAAAGCAGGUGCUGGGAAGAUUUAACCCUAGUUCUACACCUCAUUCGAGUCUUGUCGGUUUCAUUAGCUUGCUGUAUAAUUUGUUAGAUGAUUCCAACUUCAAAGUGGUCCUUGGUACACUCCAGGUCCUUCAUUUACUGGUUAUUCGCCUCGGAGAACAGGUGCAGCAGUUCUUGGGACCAGUCAUAGCGGCUUCUGUCAAAGUGUUGGCAGACAACAAGUUGGUGAUUAAGCAAGAGUACAUGAAAAUCUUCCUCAAGCUAAUGAAAGAAGUAGGGCCUCAACAGGUGCUUUGUUUACUCCUAGAACAUCUAAAACAUAAACAUUCCAGGGUGAGAGAGGAAGUGGUGAAUAUUUGCAUCUGCUCCCUCCUGACCUAUCCCAGUGAGGAUUUUGACUUACCCAAACUGUCUUUCGAUCUUGCCCCAGCUCUUGUAGAUAGUAAACGCAGGGUACGCCAGGCAGCUUUAGAAGCCUUCGCUGUACUGGCGUCAUCAAUGGGCUCAGGUAAAACCAGUAUCCUUUUUAAAGCUGUUGAUACUGUUGAAUUGCAAGAUAAUGGAGAUGGAGUGAUGAAUGCUGUGCAGGCCAGAUUGGCUAGGAAAACACUUCCAAAGCUAACAGAGCAGGGAUUUGUGGAAUAUGCAAUACUCAUGCCGUCUUCUGCCCAGGGUAGAUCAAGCCAUUUAGCACAUGGAGCGGAUACAGACUGGCUUUUGGCAGGCAACAGAACACAGAGUGCACAUUGUCACUGUGGUGACCACACGAGGGAUAGCGUGCAGAUUUAUGGAUCUUACAGUCCAACUAUAUGUACCCGGAGGGUGUUAAGUGCAGGAAAAGGAAAAAAUAAAUUGCCGUGGGAAAAUGAACAGCCUGGAAUGAUGGGAGAAAACCAGACCUCCAUUGCCAAGGAUGUAGAGCAGUUCUCAACGUAUGAUUUCUUCCCAUCUCCAAAAUUAAAGUCCUCUCAAGCAAUGCCAGUCAGUGAUGAUUUAUGUUUUAGUAGGAAGAGAAUAUCAAGAAACUUAUUUCAGAAUAGCAGAGAUUUUAACCCAGAUUCUUUCCCUGUAUGUGCAGGUCCUGUUGGGAGUCAUCAGCCAAAUCUUUCUGGAAAAUGUGGACAACUUGGAUUUUCACAGAUAUGCAAUAAAACUGGAAGUUUGGAUUCUGACUUACAGUUUCUUGGAACACCUAAUAGUCAUCAAGAAAAAGUGUACACAAGCCUAAAUUUUGGCAGUAAGACACAGCAAACAUUUGGCAGUCAAACAGAGCCUACCGUAUCAUACUCUGGUUCAAAUCCACAUUCCGGAACCUUCAUCCUUCCAUCCUAUCCUCUCUCGUCACCUCGAACCAGUCCAAAGCAUACAUCUCCUCUUACUGUAUCUCCAAAGAAGUGUCAAGAUAACUCCAUUAAUUUUUCAAAUUCAUGGCCUCUUAAAAGUUUUGAAGGACUGCCAAAGCCAAGCCCACAGAAAAAGCUUCUGAGCCAAAAAUCAUCUGACCCUACAGGUAAAAAUGAUGGAGAAAAUUCUCAAGGAAAACCUCCUCCGGUUCAACUUACACCUGCUUUGGUGAGAUCACCGUCUUCCCGAAGAGGCCUAAAUGGGACCAAGCCUGUUCCUCCCAUACCCAGAGGAAUAAGCCUUUUGCCUGAUAAAGCUGAUAUAAGCACAGUAGGACAUAAAAAGAAAGAACCUGAUGAUACUUGGAAAAGUAAAAAAGGGAAUCUUAAAAUUGAUCUUUCAGAAUUAAAUAUCAAGGAUAAAGAUUUGGAUCAAGAAGAGAUGCAGAGCUCUCUUAAAUCUCUUCGGAAUAGCGCAGCUAAGAAAAGGGCAAAAUUGAGUGGCAGUACUUCCGACCUUGAAAGCCCUGAUUCUGCAAUUAAGCUUGACUUGACUAUAGAUUCCCCAUCUCGAUCUUCCUCUCCAAAUAUCAGUUCUUACAGUGAAAGUGGAGUUUACAGCCAAGAAUCAUUGACCUCUUCUCUAUCUACAACUCCCCAGGGGAAAAGAAUAAUAUCAAGAACCAGUAGUACUGAGGGAAGAAGUACAGGUUACAGUGAAGGCGUUGGAAUCAUGGCAUCCAGUGUGAGCAUAAUUGGUCAACGUAUGACCUAUGGGUAUGGAUGUGGUGAUUUUGAAGAUGAUAAACCCCAUGACAUUUCACCUAGUACUGUAAAAAUACAAAGUAAGGAGCACCCAAGACAUAAGCAUACAAAAGGAUUUACAGGGUCAUCAGCAAAUUUACAGCAAAUUUCCAGUUAUGACUUGACAUCCACAAAUACCUUAUCAGAAGACUCAGUAGUAGUGGUUGGAAAAGGUGUAUUUGGAAAUGCUAAUUCAGCACCAGCAACUUGCAACCAAUCAGUAAUCUCUUCUGUGGAAAAUGAGGAUGCAUUUUCUGUUAAACAAAGUUUUGAACCACCAUCAGGAAUUUAUGGAAGAGCAGUCCAACAAAAUAUUUCAUCAUAUCUUGAUGCUGAGAAUGAAAAAGAUAGUAAAGUUUCUAUUUCAAAAUCUACUUAUGACAAGAUGAGACAGAAGAGAGAAGAAGAGAAGGAGCUUUUUGAGAUUAAAGAUUGUGAAAAAAAGCAACAAAACCCCUUGGAACGAAUAAAGCAUAAAGGCACUGACAAAAUGGCAUCUGAGAGUGAAGUAUCUCCUGGAACCAUUCCACAGUAUAAAGAAAGGAUUCCCUCUGUUACUCAUAGUCCAGAAAUAAUGGAUUCAUCAGAGCUACGGCCAUUUUCUAAACCAGAAAUAGCACUGACAGAAGCCUUAAGGCUUUUAAGUGACGAAGAUUGGGAGAAGAAAAUUGAAGGACUGAAUUUUAUUAGAUGUUUAGCUGCUUUUCAUCCUGAAAUAUUGAACACAAAAUUGCAUGAAACAAGCUUUGCAGUAGUUCAAGAGGUAAAAAAUUUGCGCUCUGGAGUUUCUCGUGCUGCUGUCGUGUGUUUAAGUGAUCUUUUUACUUAUCUAAAAAAGAACAUGGAUCAAGAGCUAGAUACUACAGUAAAAGUUUUGUUGCAUAAGGCCGGAGAAUCAAAUACAUUUAUAAGAGAAGAUGUUGACAAAGCAUUGAGGGCAAUGGUUAAUAAUGUGACUCCUGCACGUGCCGUUAUUUCUCUUAUCAAUGGAGGGCAAAGGUAUUAUGGUCGAAAAAUACUUUUCCUCACGAUGAGUCAUCCUAAUUUUGAUAAAAUGCUUGAAAAGUACAUCUCAUCUAAAGAUUUACCCUAUAUUAAAGAAUCUGUUAAAAACUUACGACAAAAGGGCCUGGGAGAGAUACCAUUGGAUACUCCUUCAGCAAAAGGAAGACGUUCUCAUACUGGCAGUGUUGGAAAUACAAGGUCAUCAUCUGUUUCUAGAGAUUCAGCUGAAAGAGAUGUCACUGAAGUUCGUGAAGUGAACAGAAAAUCAGUUCCCCGUAAUUCCUUAGAAAGUGCUGAGUAUGUUAAAGUCAUAACAGGCUUAUUAAAUGCAAAAGAUUUUCGUGAUCGUAUUAAUGGAAUUAAACAGCUUUUAUCAGAUACUGAAAACAAUCAAGAGCUUGUUGUUGGAAACAUUGUGAAGAUAUUUGAUGCUUUUAAAUCUCGACUACAUGAUUCCAAUAGUAAAGUAAAUCUGGUGGCUUUAGAAACAAUGCAUAAAAUGAUUCCUAUGCUUAGAGACAAUUUAUCUCCUAUAAUCAACAUGCUAAUUCCAGCAAUUGUAGACAACAACCUGAAUUCCAAGAAUCCAGGGAUCUACACUGCUGCCACAAAUGUUGUGCAGGCACUAAGUCAGCAUGUAGAUAACUACUUACUUCUACAGCCAUUUUGCACAAAAGCUCAGUUUUUAAAUGGAAAAGCAAAACAGGAUAUGACUGAAAAGCUUGCUGAUAUUGUUACGGAACUUUAUCAAAGGAAACCCCAUGCCACAGAACAGAAAGUGUUGGUUGUUUUGUGGCAUCUCUUAGGGAACAUGACAAAUAGUGGCUCUUUGCCUGGAGCUGGAGGAAAUAUACGAACAGCCACAGCUAAAUUAUCAAAAGCACUUUUUGCACAAAUGGGUCAGAAUUUGUUAAAUCAGGCUGCAUCCCAGCCACCACAUAUCAAAAAGAGUUUAGAAGAAUUGCUUGAAAUGACAAUUUAAAGUGAAUUAUGA